UUUACAAUUUUCCAUGGCCGCAACCAGCAUUUUACUUUAAGUGUUUUAAAGUGACCUUUAUUCAACGGCACUUUCUAGAUAAUUUCAAAUAUUGUCUAGUAAAAACAAAGGUAUCAAUUAUUAAUAAUCGUUUAUUGCCUAUAAGUGCACUUUUUACUUCAUAGUUUAAAUCUUAGACCUAAGCCUAAUUGCAAUAUCAUUUUGAUUUUGUUUGUUUGACUGAAAGAAAACAGUCCAGGCCAUGAUGCCCAACGAUGGGUUUCUUUCUUUGGGACAGAACCACUUUCGCUCUUCUCUGUCUGCUUGUGCCUGUACUGUAGAUUUAAGUAACUGACUCUUGAAUGGUGGUAUGAUAUUCUUCUGGUACCGUGUCAGUAGGUUCUAGCCACUGUAGGCCAAAUCAUUUAAUUAAAUGAUUUGAGGCCAAAUCAUUUAAUUAAUGAUUUGGCUGGGCCACUAAACUAUCAAAGCAAAACAUCUCCAGCCCCCUCCACAUGGAUGGGACUCGUUAGCCUUGGAGCCUUGGAAGGCAACUCAUCAAAGAAAAGAAGGCAAACUCUGAAUUCAAACCAGAAGGAUCAAUAAACGAAGUGAUUAUACGCAGUCGACUGCGUAUAACCCUACGCCUACGCAGUCGACUGCGUAUAACACUGAGAAUUAUACGCAGUCGGCUAGUCACGUGAGGUCUAUAUACUUCCUGUGUUACAGUAUCGAUCGAUAAAGGUACCUCGUUAUCAGGGUGAUUGGGUGGUCAAAUGGUAUAAACUGAGCAAACCUCACGUUGGUUGUCUAGGGUUCAAUUUCACCAAAGGCCAGUCAAGAAUGUAUAAUACGUGUUAGUUGUUAUGGUUGUUCUCGAGAAUACGCUUAUUCAAACUUAUUGUUUUGGCUAAAAAAUGUUAAAACAUGAUAAGAAUUAACUUGACCAAAGUAAUGUUAAUAAUGUUAUUCUGAUAAUUAUAAUUAUCAUAAUAUAUGUGUGUGUUGUUAAUAUAUGUUUUGUGUUGUUAACUAAUUAUGUGGCAGAUAAAAACAUGUUUCUCUGGUACAGUAAGUAUAAUCAGGGGUGGAGAGUAGCAGAAAAAAAUAGCUGUAGGGGCAGGGGGUUCUCUGGAGGAGUUACUGUAAGUAAUACUUUCACACAGUUAUAGUUUUGCAUGAAAGCUGAAAACUGUUACAUUUAGGUCACCAAAAAAAAAAAAAUCAUAAGUUAUAUAAUUUUUUUAAAAUAAAUAGAAUGUAUUUCCUGAAUUAGUCAGUAAAGCCAACCACAUAGUCAUAGCAAAAUAUAAAAAUCUAAUCAAUCAGAAUACAGAACUAGACUUAAACCAUGGAAAUGCCUUAAGGCAUAAUCAUCUUCUUAGUCUCAGACUCUAAGAAAUUUAGACUUUGACUUAAACAUAUAAUUAUAAUUUAUAAGAUACAAGCAAUAAUACUAAUAAUAGCAUUAAUACUAUUACUAUCAUUCAAUAUUAAUUAAAAUUAAUUCAAUUAAAAUUUUACGUUAAACACAUUAAAAGUUAUAGUUCAAAUCAACCCAUAAUGCAGCUAAUUACGCAUAAUACUUUUUUUGAAACUGCCAAACUAGCGGUAAUAAACCUUAUUUGGCUAAAUUCCCAGCCGACUGCGUAUAACCCUGAGCGUAAUACGCAGUCGGCUGGGAAUAACUCUCAGGGUUAUGCGCAGCCGACUGCGUAUAACACUUCCCAUCAAUGAAUUGAUCGUGGACCCUCAAAAUAUAGAAAAAGUCCUCUAUUAUUGUAGCUGCAUUAUUUCUAUUUAUUAGGCCUAACCAAUAAAAAAUUAAAACAACUUGGCUUGUUUUGAGUUAGCUGUAAGACAGACGAUAUGUUCCACGCUAUUUAGGUCAUGGAGGUUCCCCCAGGUCCAUUUCCGUCUUACAGCGCCAUCUACAGUGCCAUACUAAAAAGAUUUCGAUGUUUGUAUUUACAUAAUGCAAUUUAUUGUUUUCUUAUCUUAUAUUUUUUGUUAAUUGGGGAGGGGUCACCCAUUCCCCCUCCCCAGAGAAUUUCUGUUUCUUAUUUUGGUAUUUAAAGCGAGGGGAAGGGUUUGGGGAGACUCUCCCCUCCCCAGUUCCUAGAAGAUCAUUCCAAAUGCAAUUUAAGUUAAAAGCAGUAGUCUUCCUUUUGUUACCUAAGUUUCAACAUACGGGUAUUUUGAUUUCAAUUAAUCAAAAUACAGCAAUUUUGGUGGGCGUCUUUUUUUUCCACCGGUCUUGGGGUAUCAGCAAGGAUGUGUUUCUUUUCUUUUGAAACGUGUAAGUUGAUUUUUAAUACACAUUAAUGAAAAAUUUUAUUUCAAUAUACUUCGUAUUAACCGUAUCGUUUAUGACACGAGUAAUGUUGAAUAAAGAACAGGAAUGUUAUAACACUAACAAGCAUCAUUCGGGUCCUUCAAAGAAUAGAUCUAUUCACCCUAAAUCCAGUGUUGGGAUUCCCCAAUGUGACGUCACUGCGCUUAGGGUGAGAAAACUCUUGGCAAAACCCACACCAUUAACUCAAAAUUUACCAAAGACCUUUAUUGAACUUGUAGGCUAAUUAUUAUUAUGUUCAUGUCUAUUUUUAGUCCAAUAUUUAUUAAUAUAAUUUAAUAUACAUUUUUUAUGUUAUAUUUUCUAAUUAAUUAAUUACCAUGACCAUAGCCUACAUAUUCAUCAUAAUUUUGGUUUUAUAGCCUAAUUCAACUAAUUAAAUUAGGCCUAGUAAUAGUAAUACUACAAGUAAUGGUAAUUGUUAGUUGGCCUACUUAGCCUACUAACAAUCAGGGUCUUUCAAAAAGAGAAAGGAAGGCAAGGUUAAAAAUUCUUAAUUUUUUUAACGCCAACUAUUGCUAUGUACUAAUAAUAUAUUUGUUGGGAAGAGAUUGUCUGAAUUCAGGAUACGGCUCAGGCUCAUCUCUUGAUUGCUAAAGCCCUUAUGCCAACCUAUAGUAUAGUCAUAGUUGUAGCCAAGGCCUUGCUGUUUAACUCAAUAAUACAUUAUCUCCUUUUGAGCCUUUUGCCUUGAUGAAUAAUAGAUCUGAUAAGACCUUGCUUGGAGUUUUAUGUAAGCUAAUGCCUAAGUUAUUUGUAAUUCUCUUCUUUUACUUGUGUUUGGCAUUAUGACAACAUUAUAAGUUUCGAAGUGUCUGCAUGUCCGGCGAUCAGAUGAAUAAAUUCUCGAGAUAUUCGUCUGGCGACCAAGAGCGCAAUAACAAAAUUGUGAGAGAUAUUUGUCUAUCAGCCUUGUCACGUGACCGCUAAUAGUCUAUCAGAAUCAGAAAAAUGGCGUCGGAAAUGCAUGUGGGCCAUGCCUGUACUUCAUUUCAACAAUUAGGGGGAGGGGCGGGAGAGCGAUUGGAUUCUAGAAGAAAGAAAUACUGAGAGCGAGAUAAGGAUAAAAAUGAUAGUGAGGGUGAUAAAUAAUUAAAGCGCGGGGAGGUCAUAGUACAUAAAGAAAUGGAGAUCUUAAUGUAGGGCCAAUACAGUGUGCUGCUGAGGUAGCCUACUUCUCACGCAAUAUUAAUAGCCUAAAUAAAACUUUUUUGACGUAGGUGUAUUGAAAGUCAUCUGGCAGCUAUUGGUCUUAUUUUGUUUGCUCAUAUUUUAAAUUUAGGCUACUAGGUAGAGCUUUACAAGAUAUUUAAACCAAGAUAGCAGACUUUUUUUUUGUUGAAGAGUCUGAUUCAAAUGGACUAGUAUAUAGGCCUACUAGUAUUCUAAUAGUUUUCAUUAAAAGUCAAAAGCUUAUGAUACACUUUAUGUAUCUCAUAUUAUCAUAUUCAGUAUUUAUUUAUUAUCUGGUGAUUGGCUAACUAAUAUAUAUAUAUAAAUAUACAUGUAUAUACAAUAUUGGAAUAUCAUACAAUGCAACUAUUUUGCCUUCAACCUCUUGUCACAUGACGUGUCUGCGGAAAUAAUAACACCUACGAGUUGUCAGGCGGUCACGUGACAGGCCCGCUGGAAGAAUAUCUUUUGCACUAGUUAUCUGGUGGCCGGACGUGUAGACACUGCCUAUAAGUUUAGCGAUGGCAAAUGACCUUGCGCUUCUUGUUCAGGGUGAACAAAGUCAAUGCAAGGGUGAACAAAGUCAAUGCAACACACAAAAUUAAUAACUACCUAACAAAGGCCAUUGUUUUUAUCUUGCAUUAAUUCUGUGCAAAUUGUCUCCUUCAAAAUAAAUUUUAACUAUUGCAUCACUACCCAAAUUCUUAAUUUCUUGUUCAGACCAGUAGUGUUAAGUAUAACAAAACAUUUUGGGGAUUCCAGUAGUGUUAAGUAUAACAAAACAUUUUGGGGAUUCUUCAUUUUACCUGACCACCAUUGGUGCCUUUAGUAUUGCGUAUUUAUACUGGAUACAAUGUAAAUUAACUAAUUUAAUACACAAUUGCUGAAAUUUAAAUUUUUCCUUUAAAUUAGUAUCCAGGAUGGCUCACUUUGUUUACCCUACUGCCAAUCCAAUGGCCCAGGUAGCCCCUCCUGCUCAAGGUUAUGCUUCUGCACAGGGUGCCUAUGUUGCCGCCCCACAAGCAGCUUAUGCUGCCACAGCUGCUCCGCAAAGAAGUCAAACGUAUGAGAGCUAUCCAGCUGCAGCUGCAUCAGCUGCUGUACACCCUUCCACCCAGUAUGCAUACUCCAGGGCUCAAGUUGCUGUUACGGUUAGUAUUUCACAUUUGCCAGAUAAUUUGAUAUGUAUUUCUUUUUCUCUUUUUUUUUUUUAUCAUAGAGUCAAGUUUCAAAGCUUUAUUUUAAUCUUUCAAUUUCUGAAUUAAAUUUUAGUUAUGCCACUUGAACAUUUUAAGAUAUUUUGAAGUAGCAUGAUUUAAAAAAAUAAAUAAAUGCCUUUAUUAAAAAAGUAAACGGAAUAAAAACCCAUUUUGUGACUAAUUAAUGAAUUGCUUCAUUGGAUUUACCCCCUUUAUAUUCACAGUUCAUAUUAAUCUGUUUAAAUUUUUAAUGAUUUUGGGUCAUAUGCUUCAUGCAACAAUACAGAUUAGUCAAAUCAGAUGUAUUACUUUUACAUUUCAUUAAUUAAUUGAACACUUUAUUUUGAAUGUGUUAAUUUAGCUAAAUUUUUCUGUUUUAGAGCGCCUUUUCCCUGCAGCCAACUGUUACUUAUGACCAGUCAAAAGCUUAUUAUCAACCUGCAGCGGCCACUACAUAUACAGCAGCUGCAGACCCACAGUUCCAAGCAGGUAAGACUAUUCCAUUACAAAAUAUUUUCUUAAUUGAUUUUGAAUCAAGAGCAUAUGAUUUAUUAUUUUUUAAAAAUAAUUUUCAAAACAACUUUGAAAUAUUAAGCUUAAUUCAGCUUAACUAAUUCCCACCAGCUUUCUCUCACUCACUUAUUUAUUCUGUAAUGCUUUAAAAAUGGAAAUUACUUAAAUUUUCAAUUGAACUAUAUUUAAUUUCCUAAAUAUUAAUUAAUUUCAACAAGCUAAACAUUAAUAAAUACAUUUAAAAAGUACAAAGCUUAUCAUUAUCAAAGCAUAAUAUUGUGUCAGGGCGGCGGAUUUAGUUGAAUCCCUAACUGACGCAACUUGUGCGAGUUUGUUAAUUUGUUGUACCAUUUAAAAAUUUAUUUUGUAAUGUUCUAUUCUUAAAAGUUUCUUAGUUACAUUUAUUUUAUGUUUAUACUACUUGUUUCAACUAAUUUUUUUUGCCACCUUAAUUUACUGCUCGUGGUACUUUAAGUUGGCCUUUCUUUAACAACAGCAAAGCCAGCUUUCAGCACAGGAGCAACAUUUGCUAAUGCACAGAGACAGGCUACGGUGGCCCCCAAAGCUCAAGCAAUACCAGUUUCUUCCACUGGUACCUCUUAUGUGUACUCAUCGACCACUCCAACAGUUACAACAUACUCCACCACAGGCUAUACAACCACAACUACGCCUCAAACCAGCAUUUCAAGUAUGUAUUUUUUAAUCUUCAAACUAUGGCAGUGUAAUUUUUAUUUCUCAGUGCAUGGAGAUUAAUUUCAUGUAACAUGAAGAUGAUUUCUCCUCCAUAGGCUAUGAUGCAGCACUUUACUCUGCUGCAAGUAAUUAUUAUAGUCAGCAGCAACAAGGAAAAACUGGUACACCUUCAUGGAUGGUUAAAAAAGCAACAACCGGAAAUCAGUUUAAACCUAAACCCAAAGGACCCCCUAAAGCUCCUCAACUGCACUAUUGUGAUGUUUGUAAGAUAAGCUGUGCUGGGCCCCAGGUAAUGUUUUUUAAAGUUCAGACAUUCUUUAAUUUGUAAAUAUUUUCUUACUUUCAAUAAAAUAUGCAUAAUAUUCAGAAAGAUUUUUUUAUUAGAAAAGUUAUUACUAUUUUACCACUAGAGGUUUUGUAAUACCCUUAAGGUAUUAAAAGUGUAUCUUUAACUUCUCAUUGAUUGGUUGCACCACAAAUUGAAAAAUAAGUAGAUAAAUAAAUGGAUCUGUUUCAUAAAAAAUAUAUGUUAUGUAAAAUAUCUUAUGUAAAAACUCUCAGACAUAUAGAGAACAUUUAGAGGGUCAAAAGCACAAAAAGAAGGAAGCUGCACUGAAGGCAAGCCAGCCCUCUGGCAGACAGUCUCAUAAUCAAAUGAGGUGUGAGCUGUGUGAUGUCACAUGCACAGGUCAUGAUGCAUAUGCUGCUCAUAUUCGUGGUGCUAAACAUCAAAAGGUAAGUUUUUGUAUUUGUCAUCUUUAAAAGAAAAAAUUAAAUAAAAAUGUCUUGUGCCUUGGAAACUCGUAUCGAUCCUGUAGCAAGUAAUAGAAAAUGUAUGAGGUUAUUUUUCAACCAAAUUGUACACAAAUUCAAGUAGGAGUCCAAUUAAUUUCUUCUCACUUGUGCAAAGUUAAGACAAUUAAUUUCAUCUCUGCCUAUUUGAACUCAUUUAUUUAUUCAUUCAUGGACAAUGAAGUUAAUUUAAUACCUUUCUGAUCUGCUACACGCUAUAACACCGCACAUAUUUUAACCACUCUCUUACUUGGCACUUGUUUUGUUAAUCAGUAAAAAUUUAAAGCUUUCAAAUCUAAGUGACUACAAUGGAGAAAUUAAACUUUUUUAACAACAAAUUAAAACUGAAAACUUUUAAAAUUUGAGAUCUUUUUAAAUCAUAUUUUAGGUUGUAAAAUUGCACACAAAGUUGGGCAAGCCCAUACCGUCUACUGAUCCUGUUGUAGCUACAACAAAUAAGACUGCAGCUAAACCUGCAUCUAGUAAAUCUGUAGUUGUUCCAUCCUCAACUGCAGCAAAGAAAGUUGUUGCUACACCUAAGAUAAAUUUUGUUGGUGAGUAAAACAAGGGAUAAAAAAUAGUUUCAAUUUGAAAUAGUUGUCAAUGAUUUUUACAAAAAAAAUUAUAAUAAAAAUUGGAAUUUGUUUAUAUUACUCUUUAAUAAUUUUGAUGCAAUAUUUAAUCAUUUCACUUUUUUCGUGUGUGAUUAUGUUAACAGAAGAUUUUAUAUAAUACAUUGCCAAUAAUUAAAUUGUCCUGCAAACUUUAGGAGGCACACAGCUCAAAACAUUGGCAGGGAAAGCUGAAGAAGUGAAGGCUGCAGCUGCUGUUGUGGCAGCCACUGUACCAAGCUCAGGAGAUACAACAACAUCAAUGUCAGAUGAUGAUGGUUAGAUAUUUUUGUGCUACUUGCUAGGUAUACUUUAUAGGUACAAUUUCAUUUAAUUAAUUAAACACUGAAGUUAGCGUUGUUUAAAUUUAACAUUUAAAUUAAUUUUUAAAAUUUUUUUACCUUAGGUGAUGAUAACUCUGCUUCAGAUAAAGAUGUGACCCCUGUUGGUAAGAUACAUGUUAGCUAUUUGUUUUACCAGUCCAAAGAGAGGAGCAGGUGGGGGGGGGAUAUUUAAAAAAAAAAAUUAUGUGUUCAAACCUAGUAUUAAUGUUCUUGGCCCAUCUUCACAAUCCUGUUUUUUUUUCCUUGCUACCAUUUUUCUAAUUUUUUGAAUAAAUUGACUAUAACACACACACACCCUUCUUUUAAAAAAUAAAAUAAUACUUUUUUCUUUGUUCUAUGUCAUCUUUUAGAAAAUUGUUUUUCACUGUUUAACUGCACACACAACAGUUGGGCUUUAAAAUAGCUAAAGAGAAUUAAUUUCUAAAAUUAUGUUCAACUAUCACGUUAAUGCUAAAAAAAUUUGAGGCAUUAUGGCAAAUGUUAAGGUGUAAUUUUAAUGUGUCACAUAAGAUAUUAAACACCCUUUUUUAAUUUAAUUACCAAUGAAUUUAUAAAUGCUUUGUUCAUUAGUCACAACCUUGAGUAUUGUCUCUUGAUACACUAUUCAGCAUACUAUUUAAGGCCUUCAGAUGUUUGGGUGAUUUUUUUCCUAGAACAUAUCAAUAAUGUUGAAGAUAUUUCUAGCUUGGAAGUGCUUCAAUAAUUUUGACAUUCAUUAUAUCAUUUCCUAACAAAAUCUUAAAGGACAUGAAUACAUCGAAGAGAUAAAAAAUGAUGCCGGUAAAACGUUUAGUUUCAACUGCAAGCUUUGUGACUGUAAAUUCAAUGAUCCCAAUGCAAAAGAAAUGCAUCUGAAAGGCAGGCGACAUCGGCUGCAAUAUAAGGUAUGUUAGACUUGUUUGCUCUUACGAUUUAGGGUCAAUAUUUUACAAUUUUAGCAUUUCAAGGGUGAACAGAUCUGGUAUUGUAUUUGGUUGAUUUUCUCAAUUUUUGUUAGAUCUGUAAUUCAGAUGAUGCUGUAUUCAAUUCUUUUUCAUAAUUCUUUUUUAGAUACUAUUCGAGGCGAUAAAAAAAAACAACACUUAUCCCUUUCUUUUAAAGCUGAAAAGCUAUAGUUGCAAAUAUUUCCUAUGCUUUCCCAGAAAAAAGUUGAUCCUAACCUUCAAGUAGAAGUGAAACCAAGCAUCAGGGUCAGAAAAAUUCAGGAAGAUAAGAUGCGUAGACAACUUCAGAAAGAAGAGUUUUGGCGACGUAAGGAACAGCAAGAACGCUUGAGGGAAGAGAUGAGGUAACCAAUUAAUGGGUUAAAAAAUUGAAAAUUAUACAUUGUUAAGAAAGGGUUAAAAUAUAAUAAGAUCAUGAGAACUGAGGAUAAAUUGUUCAGAUUAGUUUUGUUUUUAAAACUUUCAGAAUGGAAGAUGAAAUUUACUGGGGUCAUCGACGUCUAGAAAUGAUGGGGGGUCCUAUUCCUCCAGAAUUUAUGGACUGGCAGAGGUUUGGACCUAUGGGACCUAUGAUGCGUGUCCCAUUCCCCAUGCAUCCUAUGGUAAUUUUUAUUUUCUACUACACUGUAAAUUAUUUAUAAAAACAAAUUAUACAUUUAUCUCCUAGCGAACAAUGCCCUUUUUUGAUCAGUGCUGCAUCUUUCAUUGGAUAGCUUUUCUAAAUUUAUUUAAACAUUUUUUUUGACAGUUGCGAAGACCAGAUUCUUCCGAUGACAGACAUGUUAUGACCAAACAUCACAGUAUUUAUCCAACUGAAGAUGAGGUAAAUUUUUCUAUUUAUUUUUUAUCAUUCAGAUGUUUUAUUGUUGGUUUGACGUUUGCAGACCUGUUUACUCUUACGAUUUUGGCGUACAAUGUAAGAUUUUGAGGUGUAUAAAUUAUAUAUACUGCACGUUUUUUUUUCUAUAAAGAGAAUAUAUUGAACGAUUAUGUGAUGAUAUUGUACGAUUUUAAGAGUUUGAGGGUAAACAGGUCUGCGUUUGGUAUUGGUCCUAGAUUAAAGCUGUAGUAUUUGUGAAAUCUAUUACAAAUCUGUUAAUUUCAGCUUCAAGCAGUACAGAAUAUUGUAUCAGCGUGCGAGAAGGCACUAAAGUUGGUUUCAGAUGUUUUAGCUGAAAAGUAAGUUUAAAUAAAUUUAAAUGCUCUACUUUUUUAUCCGAGGUUGAAAUAAUUAAAUAAUUAUCAAAUUUAUGGGGGAACACGUUAUGAGUGCUUUGUUUUUUAAUUAAAUUUGUAUGGGCAUGGCAGCCUUGUUAUCAAUUUUAAAUAUACUGAUAUGGGUUAACUGUAUGAUCCAUAUUAUUUUCAGUGACAACAAAGACAAAAAACAAGAAAAGACAGAAGUGAAAAAAGUGUCACCUAAAGUUGAAGUGUCUGAAAGUGAUAAAGAGGGGUCAGUUGUCACACAUAUUAUGGAAGCUUUGAAAAUGUUUGUAAUUUACUAAAGUAGAAGAAUCAUUCGUUUUAGCUUAGUUUUAACUCUCUUGGUGAAGAGCUUUACAAAUUAUCUGUUGCCCCUUAAAGUGAUUAGAAUUUUUUUGUGUGGUCAUUUUUUAUUAAAUAAUUUAUCACCAUAAAUUUUACAUAUUUGACUGAAAUUUGAGAAUGGUGUUCUUCAUAAAUUUAAUUUAGUAAAGAAUUAAAUCUUAACUUGGUGGUCUGUGGUCUUAAAAACAGACCUUGCUAAAGGUAAAAUAUUUAUUUUUUACUUAGUAGUCAUUCCAUGUUUUGCUCCCCCAAUUCUUAAAAUUCAAUGUUAUAGGAGCUGCACCAAGAGAGUCAAGGAAUAUUUAGUUUUUAGUAAUUGAUUUCAUAAAUAAAAAUUUAUAUAAAGGUUAAUGAACUACAUUGUUAACUCUGGUUAAUCAUUAAAUCCCUUAAGUAUAGACACAUAAGCUGAAUGGUUUAUAUUUUGUUAGAAAUUUUCUUUUCUUUUUUUUUUUAAAUAUAUAUUUUUUUACUAGGCACAUGGUAAUAAUUCAAUAAUUUAUCAUCAUUAAGUCUCAGUUAAUAGCAAUAAGAAAUAUUUAUCAUCUUGGUAAAGUCAACACUUUAAAACUAAAGUUUUGUUUAUAUUCUGGCAUUUUUAACUUUUCACCUGGUACUGAUGAGUAAAGGUAAUGAAAUUUUUAUUUUUUCCCAGAGAAAAGAAGGAUGAGUCUGGAUCUAGCCGUGUUUUAAAAGGAGUAAUGCGUGUUGGUGUGCUAGCUAAAGGACUUCUUUUACAUGGAGAUCUGAAUGUUAAUCUUGUUGUUCUCUGCUCAGAGAAACCAACGCGAACAAUGUUGGAGCAGGUUGCUGAUGCACUACCAAAACAAUUGGCAGUAAGUGUAUUUUUCUAGAAUUGAAGAAGAAGAAAAAAACAGCUAGUGAAGUGAUUUAAAUGAAUAAUAUAAUGGAGAUUUAAAAGGUUGUUGUUUUUUCAACCCACUAUAAAAGUUAUGUUGCCUCCUUUUUGACCAAUAUGUAACAUGUUUGAAUUUAGUAAGACAGCUGUUAUUGUGGAUGAGGUAAAAACAUUUUUAAUACAACCUCAACCUCCAAGUCAGAAGAAAGUAGCCACCUGGUUGUUUUUGUUCGAUGUGGGCUGUACACAGGCAAAAGAUUAUUAUAUUUUCUAUCAGAUGUGUUAAUUUUAAAAUGGCAAAAUUUUAUUUUAUGCAAAUGAUUGUAUUAGUUUCAUUUCAGGAUAUUUUGAAACGAUAAUAGGGUUUGGUUUUUAUUUUGAUAACUUGCAUGAAGCAGUGAUAAUAUUAAAAAACAAAUAAAGAGAUGUGCUGCGUUUUUUGGCGGUUAUGCUCUAUCUAUCAUAACCAUUUAUUAUAUUUUUUUUAAAACUUAUUAGACUGUGACAAGUGAGCAGUUGGAUGUAAGACGCUGUGUUGAGGAAGCUGCUAUAAUAGUCAGCAGUGAAGCAGAUCCACCUACCAGCUGCACCAUCACUUUGACUUCACCCAUAAUGCGAGAGGCCAACUUGCCAGAUGGAGGUAACCCAUAAGCUAGAUGACAUUUUCUAGGUUGCCUAAGCCUUCAUCCCAAUAACAAGGAAAGAAAUAGAUGUGCUGCUUAAAUCAGUCUCAGGUCCUUCAAAUUGAAUAUAUCUGGGGAAGCACUUCAGUGAAAAUUCUGAUUUAGCAGCCACACUGUAGAGUGGUCAUGUAAACUAGGUGAAAUAAAUAGCUGUGACGGUUCAGGGCAAAAUGAGGACAAAGGGUUGUGAAGGUUGUCAGGGUUAUGAAAUGGUUGAGUGAGACAAAAUUUUAAAAACCAAGUGAGCAACUACAUUAUUAAUUUCAUAUGCAACCCAUUGUAUUUAAAGUAAAAGUUUUCUGAAACUGGCUAAGCAUCACUGGCAUUUUACCACACUCAGCAACGUGUAUAUGAAGUUAUAGUCUUUGUCCUAAUUUUGAUGCAGAAUGUCACCUACGUGCUAAUGCAAUAUUUUGCUCAACUCUUGCAGGGUUCGAAUUAAAGAAUGACUCACAUAGUAAUGUCUGCAGCCAGGCUUGGAUUUGUUUUGUAAUUUGUAGCUAACACAAUAACUAUAGAGGUGUAGAUUGUUCUAUAAAAUUCGAACCUUGCUGUAAAAGUAAACAGUUGAAAUCAAUAGUGUAACCUGACAUGAUCAUUCUACCUUUCCCCCUUGUGUCUCCCACAUACUUUAAUUGACCAGGUUAUAAAGAGAAAAGGCUUGCAGGUUUCAUUGGCUGUGAAAAUGUCACACUUACAUAAUUUCAAUUUUCUUUCCUCUUAAUGACAUGAAUGCUGCGCAAAGCCAUCUAAAGUACCCACAGGUGUGAUUGAAAAGACGGAGCAUGGAAGGAUUUUUGACCAUUCAGUUGGCAUUGGGGGCACAAGCACCAUGUUGUCUUUUGAUAAACAUUGCAAAUCUGAUUAAUAUAAUUAGUUUUAUUCCAUGUGUAGGAUAAAAGAUAUUUACCAUAAACUGUUCCUCAUAAAUUGUAGAAACACCUUGUAAAUCUUUUUACCUUAAAAGACAAAAGUUUUCCAAUGAUAAUUUCUAAACAAAUUUAGAGUAUAAUUAAAUAAAAAUUCUCUUAAAAAGUAUUAAUAAUUGUAUUUGUAAGGAGACCAAAAUUUGUUAAUUUGAUACUUUAUCCAAAAAUUCCACUACAGCUCAGUUUUAUUGUAAUGCUAAAUUUUAAUACUGGUGUGUGGCAAACUAUUAAUGGUGGUAUGUGGUGUGAACCUUCUGUGUCUGAAAUUAUUCAUGUAACAUUAUUUCUCUAAGUUGAUCUCUAAAGGUUAUCUGAUGACAGCUCCAAUAAAUAAUUUACAUGAUGUACUUAAAUAGAUCUAUAAAAUCUGAACCAUAAAAUCAAUAAAGUAUCUACAUUUUAAGCACUCUUAACAUGUAAUUAUUAUCCUUAUAAUUCAUAUGUGAAAACUGACAAGAAUUAAAAGUAAUUAAUAGUCUAAAAUAAGUACUUUAGUGCAUAUUUAUAAGAAAGGUUUCUUUUAUAUUCGAGUUGUAUGCUAAGCAAAAGUAAGGGUGUUGUGCUUAUGCCCCCAAGCUAUCAGACCGUCUGAUGGUCUGAUGUGCCCUGCCAAUCCUGCUAUGGUCAAACACCCAUUCCUGGCCAGUGAAACUGAAUCCAUCUACGUUUCUAUAGAGACGGUUAACGUCAAAGACCCGCCGGAUGUCCUCGACAGGCAGAAAUGCCUUGAUGCUCUAGCAGCCCUACGUCAUGCUAAGUGGUUUCAGGUUUGGCACUUUCCUUUAUACUUUGCAGCCUUAUGUAAUAUUUAGUACUUCAGCCACUUUAUUUUGAUUUUUCUAUUUUUUUUUUUUUUUUUUAUUUUUUUUUUACGCCCAGUGCUUUUUUAUUUUUUUUUUUUUUUUUUUUUUGAUUUUGUUUUUUUUUUUUUGAUUUUUUUUUUUUUUGUCUUUUUUUUUUUUUUUUUUUUUUUUUUUUUUUUUUUUUAUAUUUUUUUUUUACGCCCAGUGCUUAUUUAAUUUUGUUGUUUAAUUGUUACAGAUUUUGUGUCUUUGUUCAUGAGUUCACGUUAGUUCUUUCUAAAACAAUUGUUGAAACGAACAAAAGAAUAAAAGAGGAAAAAAAAACAACUAAGAAAUGAACAAAGACAGUUGGGAAAAUGUUUACAAAUUUUUUAAGUGUUGGUGUGUAAAUAUAGCUUAAGGCAGACUGGCUGCGGGUGCCUACUCUGACUAAAGCUGUCACUGCACUUUGUUGGCUGUGUGUCAUAGGUGGGUGUUUUUUUAUUUGUCCCAGUUAUGUGUUGGUGGAGAUGACUUGAACCCUAAUUCAGUUACCCUGUGUUAAGUGUAUUUAUGACAAUUUUUCCUUUAUUUGACAGAACAGGCACACAUAAAUAUGCUUCGUAAACAACCCAAUGAGUAUCACUAAGGAUUUAAACUUAUUCACAUAGAGAUAUUAAGUUUGGUUGUUAAAACAGCAUGUGUGUACACUGAGAAACUGGAUAUGGACCCAAUAUUGAUAGCUAUCAUCAUCCAUCUGUGACACAUGUUAACAUGUAUAAUAACUAAAUAAUGCACUGGGGCAAUGGUAUACGCACCAUGAGGCUGGAAAGUUAGGUCCUAAUCACGAAGUGUCACACCCUGUAUUCUGUUUGCUCAACACUCAUAUUCCAUAUUUAUAUUUCACCAUGAUGAACUGUACAAAAAUAGCCAUUUCAAAUUAUUAGCUCCAUAUGGCAAUAGUAAACAAAAGUCAUACAAGUUAUGUUUAUUUGAUACAUUUGAUAAUAAACCAAUUUCAAUAUUUAUUUUUCUUCCGUUUUUGCAACUUGUCUUCUUUAGGCUAGAGCUAAUGGAUUACCUUCAUGUGUGAUCAUCAUAAGAAUACUAAGAGACCUGUGUCAACGUGUUCCUGCUUGGGUUCCUUUAAAUGAAUGGGUGAGAAAAUACACAACAGAAAAGGCUGACAUCCUUAAAGCCUUCUGGAAACUGCUUUAAAUAAAAUCUUAACACCUUUUUGAAGUUUUAGCUAAGUUUUUUUUUAUUGUCUUUUUAGUUGGUACCGGUAUGUUCUUUGUUUAGUUUUGUUAACUUUCAGGUUUCCCUUACUGACAUCAUGUAGUUAUCCUGAUCUACAUUUAUAGUGUUUACAAAACAAUAUUUUGAUUACAAGUCCUCAGAUUUCUUUUAAGGGAAAUCCAUCUUUAAUCUAUGUUUUAUUAUUUUCUCUUUUAAUUUGUUAAGGCUAUGGAGCUUCUUGUUGAAAAGUGUGUGAGCACUGGUGGUGCUAAUAUGGCUCCAGGAGAUUCCCUUAGAAGGGUCUUUGAAUGUAUAGCUUCAGGAAUAUUCCUGCCAGGUUAGUUUGGUUAAAAACUUGUUAGGUCACUAAGUUAGAUUUUUAAAAAACUUCUCAAGAAUAUAAUUUCAGUCUUUGAUGAAGAUUUUUAAUGUAUUCAAUCUAAACAAAUAUACUAACUUGUUUUUGAAGGUGGGCCUGGUUUGUAUGACCCAUGUGAGAAAGAGGCUUAUGAUGUUACUGCCACAUUGACAAAUCAACAACGUGAAGACAUAACUGCACUGGCUCAGGUAUUUAAACUUCAUAAAAUAGAUGAUUUUGAAAUGUAAAGAUUUAAAAAUAUUAAUUCUCAAUGUAACAAUUUUAUUAGUUUGAUGUUGGAUUUUUAUAUUAGGAUCAACUGUUAAAUUUGCAAUAUUUUCCAAUAAAGUGUAUUCAAUAGUAAUAUCUUUAGUGUUGUUUUAAAAAAUCAGCAGCACAUGCUGAUUGGUAAACAUCAUUAAUAUUAUUUGAUGCCUUGUAAAGUUGUAAAUGGCAUUUGAACAUUUAUUGUUCUAGAUUAGUUUUUCUCUUGCAUUAAAUAUUCAAUAAUCUUAAAUCCCUUAAAUAACUAACAGAAUGCGCUGAGAUUAAUAGCAUUCCGACAAAUCCAUAAAGUACUGGGAAUGGAUCCUCUACCAGCUCCCAGAUUCCCUACAAAACGAUUUAGCAACAGGAAGCGUCGACAUACUAGUAGCACCGGAGAAGAAGGCAUGUACAAUAAUAACUUAAAUAAACAAAAUAAUCUUAACAUUUUAAACCACACAUAGGGAAAACAAAUGUUAACCUACAUGUCAAAUUUGUAGUUUCUAAAAAAACAUUUUAAAUUUAUUGAAGAUAUAAAUAAAACUGAAUGUCAGGGUUAGCAACCAGAGAGGUUUGGAUUCCUAUUAAAAGAUUAUUUUACAAUCAUUAUAUACAUGUGUUUGCUUUUGAUAGUUCAUCCAUCGAAAGUCGAUAAUGACCAUUUAAAACAUUGGCUUGUUGCUGGGUCUGAAUCUGCCCCUAUGUAUGGAAGAGCGCCGUGAGUCUCGAUUCUUUGAGGACUGUUCCCACAUGUCUGGGUCAAUGUGAAAUGCUUUCAAAGAUGCUUUCGGUGUGUCUUUAAAGUGUUUCUUCUGUCCCCCCAGCCAACCGCCUGCCCUGCUUGGCAUUGACAUCAGUCUUCUUUGUGUUGAUGAUAAGACCAAAGUUUGUGCAGGCAUCCGAGACAUUUGCAACACUGCGUUGCAUAUCGGUGUCUCAUUUCGGCAUUAAGGGCAUAGUCAUCAGCGUACAGAAAGUCCCUGAUGUCUGUCCAGACCUUAGAUUUAGAGAUUCCUAUGGCUCCCUUCCUGAAAGCAUUAGCAUGGCAGAGAACAUGAUAUUGAAAAGUGUUGAUGCCAGGGAUGCUGGGUGGCCGAGCGGUCUAAACUGUCUCAAACCAAAUAGCAGGUGGUCUGGAGUUCAAUCCCCACCAAAGCCAACAUCCCAAGCACCCCGGGUGGAUGGGACUCGUUAGCCUUGGACGGCAACCCAUCUAAGAGAGGGCAAACUCUGAAUUUAAACCAGGAACCAGAAUGAUCAACAAAUUGAUCGUGGGCCCCUCAAAUAUAAGAAGAAGAAGAAGGAUGCAACCUUCUUUGACACCAUUAGACACAGGGAAUGGUUGAGACAUUUCUCCAUUUUCCUGUACCAUGGCCUGAACACUAUCUUGGAAUUGUCACACCAGUGAAAUCACCUUUUUGGGCCAUCUAUAUUUGCCAAUGAUCUACCAGAGAUCUUCUCUGCUGACAGUAUUAAAAGUCUUAGGUCUACAUAGGUGGAGAAGAGGUCAACAUCUUGUUCCUGACACUUUUCCUUCAGCUGUGUGGCCAUAAACACCAUCUCUGCAGUUCUUUUUAAAAUUGCAUUGACUUUCUGGCUAUAGACCCUUCUCAAAAUGCAAAUUGAGAUGGUUUACAGGGAUUCUAACAAGUAUCUUGCCAGCAAUGGAGUGCAAAGAUAUGCCAUAGUAGUUGUUACAGGAUGGAAGGCUCCCUUUAUAUUUGUAAAAGUGGACAACAGAUGGGCCCUUAAAAUCUUGUGAUAUUUUCAAUUGCUCUCACUUAAGUAGGAACAGCUGGUGAAUCAUUUCAGUCAGAGCUUUGCCACCUUCCUUGUAAAUUUCAGCAGGGAUGGAAUCAUCACCUUCACUCUGGACAGAAGGCAAAUAGAUUGUCUUUUUUGGGAGGGGAGGGUGUGCAUUCCAUUAAUUGAUGGAUGGGCACCUACAGGAGUCAAUUUAUGGCUUGUCAUUGACAAUUGGUUGAUUUAGGACACUGCCCAGAAUUUGAUAAUUUUUUUUCUUUCUCAGUAAUCAGAGUUUUCUCAUUAGCACUCAAAAGUAGGAAUGAUCCUGAGGAGGUGGGGGCCAUAGACUUCAUUGAGAGUGGAGUAGAAGUUUCUCAGAUGGUAUCAGUCCGCAUCUUCCUGGAGUUUUGAAGACUGUAUUUUUGAUCCAGCAGCUGGUUGAUUUCCAUACUGUGUUCAUCUAAACAGUCGGGAUAUUUUUUGGAGCUUUGUCCCAGAAACUCCAUAGGGGUGUUAUACAACAUUGCCCAAUCUGAUUCGAUGUUAUGAUUAUCUAUAGAUUUGUAUUUCAGACGUUCUUCCAGAGCAUCCACAAAAGUUUGUUCGACUCUUCCACUUUGUCAUGUUCAGGCGUUUGGGGUUCUUCUUCCCCGUAGUGCUAUUUUGGGUGGUAAGAAGGUUGAGCUUGGUGAUGAUAAGACGAUCGAUCUGUCCAACAGACUUUCUUACAUGCAAGUCCCGACUGUCCUUUCUCCUGAUCAUAACAUAGUCGAUGAGAUGCCAAAGUUUUGAGUAAGGGUGCAUCCAGGAUGUCUGAUUAAGCGUGGGAAGGCGCAAUACUGUAUUGGUAAUGAGCAAUUCAUGCUCAGCGCAAUUCUGGAGAAAGAGGGGAUCGUUGCCUUCGUAUUGGUUCACUCUGAUCUUUCCCAGUACCCUAAUCCCAAGCGAUGUGAUCAUGGCCCACUUAAGCUUUGAAGCCACCAAGAAUUAUGAGAUAGUCAUGCUUCAGAACAUCAGCUAUGACAGAGUGAGGAUCCUCAUAGAACUUGGUCUUUACUUCAUCUAUGUUGGUCAUUGUUGGAGCAUAGCAGGUGAUGAUUGUGAGGUGUUUUCUGUCUGAUAAGAGGGAGAGUUUCAUUAUUAUCCUAUCAUUGACUCCCGUUGGAAGUCCAGUCACCAUACUAAUCAGUGCAGAGUUUACCCUUUCCUGCAAGUCAGGUCUCACUAAGGGCUGCAAUAUCUACCUUGUACCUGGGUAGUUCAUUUCCUAUGAGGGCUAUUCUCUGUGAUCUACCUUUGUCCUUGUCCUGAAGAGUGUGCACAUGCCUAGCACCUAUUUUUAGUGGGAUAUUUUUUAUCUUAAGUUUGGACUUUAAAGAUUUAUUUGAAUUUUGACUGCAUGCCUAGAGUCCCCUCCAACCACUGGAUAGGGAAGGUUGCAGCAGACAAUAUUAAAGGCACUUUCUCUAGGCCCUUCCUCAUGCCAUGGAGGUGAGCAGUGUUCUUAGGGGGCUGCCGGACACCACUUCUGCUCCUUUAUUAUGAUGAACGACAUUAUGGCCUGAGCCGCCUAUGUGCAGGCUUGCACCUAUGGCUGCCAAUGUACCCGCACCUGCCACUUACCCAUUGCCACAGGACUUUGUAGGUGAGGAUAUAAACUAGGAUGGACUGGUGUUUAAAAUGACUUGCGCUAUGACCUGGAUUUAAGUGAGGAAGAGUUGCGGAAAUCAUCAACCUCACCCUCUCGCCCAAAGCCAUCCGAGUCCAGCAUCAAGACAAGGUCGAGAGGGGAUUGGGCGCAAUGAAUGACCAUGGCAUUCUACGUGUCUUGCAAUGCUCUGAGGGAUUCACAUCACGUUGCUGUCUCCAUUUUCCUGUCUGUUGACCAACUCCUCUGGAUACAGUCUUCACAUGCUGAGGGGGACAGGCCCUUGUUUACCCAAGACUUGAAAUACGGUUAUACGGCUACCCUCGACCUGGUUUUGCCGACUAAUCAAAGCCAAUUUCCAUGGUGUGGUAGCUGUUGAUGCUAUUACAGCUUCAUGGAGCCACAGGUGAGAGCUGAGCACUACGUGGACCAAAGAUUGAUUAGCUACCCCAAAGGACUACGACUACUGCACAAUCAGAUGUACUACCUCUCCAUAUAGUACAUCAUACACCAUGUUAUGGAGAUCUUGAGUGAUAUAAUGCUAGAAUCAAAUGCAAUUACAAACUGUAUGUUGAUUUGUUGCAUGCUGUUAAUAAAUUUUGAAAGCGUUCUCUAUUAAAAAUGGACUGUUGACCUCGUCAUACAUUUAUAAGGCCACACUAUGUGCACACUUAUUUAUUUAAAUAUAUUAUAAUUAUUUUCCUUCCUCAGCUGCUGAAAAAAAAGACCGCAAAGAAAAAGAAGCAGAGACAGCAGCCCAGUGAAGAAUUAAACUGUUUCUCUCAAGUGUUCAAUUGUAUUUUUAAAACAUUUCAUGUUGAUAUAUAUUUUUUUUAUAAGAUUUUUUCAAAAACUGUAAAGCAUGUUAAGGUGUGUUUUGUCUUUACACCUGUACAAAUAAAGUUAUUUUAAGUUUCUUUGUACUCAUUUUGAUAUUGUAUUAAGUAAAACUUGAAUUCUAUUCUUGACAAUAAGGGAAUUAAUAAAGCUGAGUUAUAAUGCAUUUAAACAAUGGAGUUUUGACAUUUUAAAAAUUUACUGUAAUUUAUUUUUCACUUUUUCAAGUUCUUCUUUAACAACUCUAUCAAACGUCAGAAUUUUCUUAUUAAUUUGGGGUAGGGGGUGUGUUAAAAUAAUUUUCAAACAUUCUGUAUUGAAUCUCAUAGUUUAAGAAUAACUUGUGUUAAAUGUUAGUAUGGAAUUCAGCACUAUUUCUGUAGGCAGGAGGGUAUUAAGUUAAGCUGUUGAGAUGUAACGUUUCAACAUGGACAGCCGUUUGGUACGGUACAUCUUUUAAUAGGACGGAUGAAGACCUAUGAUGGUGCUGUAAUGCCAAAUGUUCAAAAUAUUUUUGAAGCUGAAAUUGGAUGCAAGCUAACUCCCACAACUAACUCUUUCUUGCCCAUCAAGUGGUACCACUGUUAUAAUUUGGUAUUGUGUUGCAUCUUCCUUAGCUUCGUUGGUCAGUUCAAUUCAUUUCUGUUGUAAAUGGCUUGAUUAUGUGCUCACUUUAUUGAUGGUUAUGUUCAUUUGUUCAUCACUUAACUAUUUAGCUAGACCCAUAUUUUUACUCUGUUCAAAUCUUAGAAUUCAACAAGCUGAACUACUAACAAUCCCAUUACCGGUACCCUCACUUGUAUUGUUUGAUGACAUUUUGUUUCACUUUUGUUUUAGUACAAAUAGCACAGCCCUAAAAACUGAGCUGCCUGUGUUUUGUUAAUGAUUCAGACUUGAGGAUUCUGAAGCACUGGUUACCUCUCCCCAAUGUUGACAAGCCGCCCCCACUCCCUCCCCAAUACUGUAACUGAUCUAGAAAUACAACCACUGUCAUCACUUCCUGCUGUUGUCUGUUCUUGACAUUGAACUGCAUUUUGUUUUUCACCUUACAAUUUUGUGUACAUUAGUUUUAAAAAUCAUCUAAACUUGUUUUUUUUUUGGCUGGAUAUUCGUCAGUUUUCUCAUCAUUUACUGUUGGCUGCUUGCUCUGAUGUUGUCAAGUAAGAUCAAGUAUUCUGAAAAAAGAAGAAAAAAAAAGGGACAAGUUUUUGUUUUUUCAUAACUUAAUUCAUUGAUUCAUUGCCACCUUCAAUUGAGAAUUGAUGUUGUGUAAAUAAAAGGCCAUAUUGGACCAUAAAAU